AAAAAAGAAAAAGUCACAGUCCUGUCAUAGAAUUCCCCUUUAAUUCCAGCACUGAAAUCUGGGGAUUUACUUCACCUUUUCACAGGAAACGAAGCUCCACCCACAGCAUCGUGUCUCUCUCUGUGGAGCAGCUGUAAGUUACUUCUCCGGGAAGAAAAAAUGAAAAGGAGGCUACAGAUCCUUUUGGAGCAUCUGGUCAGGACGGCCGCACACAUGAGAGGAUGUAGGGGACGAAUGUGUGGUUAGAAGGUCGUGAUGGUCGUACCCUGCACUGAGUAUGGAGAGGCACAGGCGCCUGUCCUACAGGGGCUGUGGGAGUAUGUGAAGAGCGGACAGGAGGACGUGCUCCGCUCGCCGUACCUGCCAGCGUCUUUUGCGUUCCUGGCGCACGUGCUGCUCUGCGCACCUUUCCUCGCGCUGGAUGCGCUGGGGAGCGUCUGUCAGCGGGUUCGGUCAUGGAGGAUGACCGCGGGGUCGGGUCCGCCGCCGUCUCUGAGCCGAUGGUUAGAGUGUUUCUGCAGGGUUUUGUAUAAAUACGUGACCGUGGUCCUGCCCGUCACUGCGCUCUUCAACACCCUGAUAAACCUCAAGUUACCUGAUGUGGCCCCCAGCUGCUGGCAGCUCUGCGUGGAGGUGGUGGCAUGCCUGCUGCUUUUUGACAUGCUCUUCUUCAUGUGGCACUUGGUCAUGCACAGAUUUUCCUGGCUGUACCGCAACAUCCACCAGAUGCACCACCAGUACCACACUCCCUUCGCUCUGGCAGCUCAGGACUGCAGCUCGGCCGAGCUGUUGUCUCUACUGUUGCUGUCUCUGAGCAGCGCCUGGAUGGUGGGCUGUCACCCUCUCAGCGAGGCCCUCUUCCACCUCAUCAACACCUGGCUUGCCGUGGAGGACCACUGCGGCUAUGACCUGCCCUGGGCUCUUCACAGACUGCUGCCCUGUCUGGGAGGAGCCCCCCACCACCACGCACACCACAGUUUGCAAACUAUAAAUUACGCCCCUCUCUUCACGCACUGGGACCACCUCUUUGGGACGUAUCGCGCAUCGGUGCUGAAUUCACGUCCUCAGUGACAAGCCUGUUGCAUGCUUUUUUCUCAGAUUCAAUGAAGGAUGUUAUCUUUUGGCUGAUGAUUUUACAUGUAAUCUCACUGUUCGCUCAUUUAUUACGACACAUCGUCGCAAUCAAUAAUACAAUACAAUUACAACUGAUACUUUAUGACAGCAUGAUGUAUGUGGCCACUGUAUCGUAGGCCGUAAGUGAAGACCACCAGCGUUUUCACCUUUGUCGUCAGAGCUUUCAGGGACUAGAGCGGAUUGUGAAACUGGGCCCCGGAUGCUGACUGCUCCAGUCGGUGUACCCUGAUUCAUCCUUCUUUAUGACUCAAUCACUUACUAAAUGAGCUGGGUCGGUAAAGUCAUGAAGAAAGCAUUUGCUAAGGUUACAGAGCAAUGGAGCCAAAGACUGUUUUCAGAGACGGUGCCAUGCCAAUACAAGUCUUUAUGCAACCAGAGGAGCCUGCCCCCUACUGGCUUGUUUCAGAAUUUAUAAACUGAACUAUUGGCAGGAAAUCAGAUCACCUUUUCCUUUAGAAAAAAAAACUGUCGUCCUCCUCAAUGAGCCAUUGUAGUUAUGCUGAAGCGAGACAUUUUUUUCCAUGCAACUGAAAAUGCACCCCACCCCCACAUAUUCUCAUAAACUCAGAGUGACUUGGUUACUUUGGAGGAGUAAAUCAGAAACAAUGACCUGUUUAUACAACCCAGUACAAUGAAUCACAUUUUACAGUUUAUCAGUUUAAUACUUUAAGCUCUGGCUUUUUAAUGUGGCCGGUAUAUUGUUAUUGUACAGCGGAUAACAAUCAUGGCAUAUUGUUUAUCGAGGCGAGGAGAUCUGGACACAUUUCAGAUCCCCCCCACAUCCAAAACAGAAAAUUUAAUUAAAAUCUAAACUGAAACAAGUAAACCGGUCCAAGCAGAGGGGAAAGAAUCUGCUAGGGCUGCAAAUUCAAGUGCAGGCUUUGCUUUUUGAACUCUAAAUGCAUUUAGACUGAAAAUUUUAAGACAGAUCAGCUAUUUUGUGAGGAAAAUGUAUAUAUUUUAAGUAGGCUUAGUUAGACACUUCUUUAUUUUAUUUUUCCUGUUACAUUCAGGGCCUGUUUAUGAGUGAUUGUAAAGUUGUGUUGGAAAUCUGCCUGACUGCCUUAGUGAAUGAAAGCAGGACACAGAUUGUUUUGUUUUUUUUGCCUCAGGCUCAGGUUUCUACUGUGCUGCUGCGGUUAGUCAUUUGUAUAGCACAUUUUGAGCCUUUCGGUAAUCUGUUAUAUGCUCUACUAACAUGGUUCCUUGGUGCCACAACGAAGCAAAUUAAAGCCAUGUGUUUUUCUAGAGGAAA